GAGAGCCUCAGGGCCAGUGUUGGGACCAGACGUGUUCCAUAGAUCACAGAGCCACAUCCCUGCACACACCGCUGACUUUGGACCCUGGAUCCCCACGUCCUGUUUGCUCCUGCUGGCUCCUGAGUCCCCCAUCUGUGCUGUUGGAUCCUAGACCCCGGAUCUCCAGGCCACCGGAUCCCCAUCCACACUCCACCACCCUCCCCUCAUCUGGAUCCCAGACCUCGGAAUCCUCAUCUGUGAUCCCAGACCUCCACCCGUGCUCCAGACCCCUGAGUUCCCAUACACACCUCGGCCAUGCUCCACCUCGGGGUCUGGCUGCUCAGCGUGUGGUGGCUGCAGGUGGCUGCCCCCAGUCCCCCCUUGCCCCACGUGGAGCAGUACGAGGUGGUGAGGCCCCAGCGCCUGCCAGGUCCUCGUGCCCGCAGAGCCCUGCCCUCCGGCGUGGGCCUGUACCCAGAGAGUGUGAGUUAUGUCCUCGGUGCCUCAGGGAACACCUUCACCCUGCACCUUCGGAAGAACAGGGACCUGGUGGGCUCGGGCUACACGGAGACCUACACGGCUGCCAAUGGCUCCCAGGUGACCGAGCAGCUGCAGAGGCAGGACCACUGCUUCUACCAGGGCCACGUGGAAGGGCACCCUCUCUCCGCUGCCAGCCUCAGCACCUGUGAUGGCCUCAGGGGCUUCUUUCAGGCAGGCUCGGCUGUGCACCUGAUUGAGCCUCUGGAUGGAAGCGGGGAAGAGGGGCAGCACGCGCUCUACCAGGCACAGCACCUGCAGCAGAAGGGGGGGACCUGCGGGGUCAGCAACACCAGCCUGGAGAGCAUGCUGGGCCCCCGGACCUUGGCAGCCUUCAGGCCCCGGAACCGGCCACUAUCCCGAAAGACCCGCUUUGUGGAGCUAUACGUGGUCACGGACAGCAGAGAGUUCCAGAAGCUGGGGAGCAGAGAAGCUGUGCGCAGGCGGGUGCUGGAGGUGGUGAACCACGUGGACAAGCUUUAUCAGGAACUCAAAUUCCGCGUGGUCCUGGUGGGCCUGGAUAUCUGGAACCAUGGGGACAAGAUCCAGGUCAGCUCCGACGCUGGCGCCACGCUGGACAACUUCCUGGCCUGGCGGGCACAGAACCUGGUGGGGCGGCACCCUCACGACAACGUCCAGCUCAUCACUGAUAUCGACUUCGCCGGGGCCACUGUGGGACUGGCCAAGGUGUCUGCCAUGUGCUCCCAGAACUCAGGGGCUGUGAACCAGGACCACAGCCCAAACCCCAUCGGCGUGGCGUGCACCCUGGCCCACGAGAUGGGUCACAACCUGGGCAUGGACCACGAUGAGAACGUCCAGGGCUGCUACUGCCCCGAGUCACGCACCAGGGGCGGCUGCGUCAUGGCCGGCAGCAUCGGCUCCACGUUCCCCACCCUGUUCAGCCAGUGCAGCCAGGACGACCUGGAGACGUUCGUGGAGAAGCCCCGUAUAACCUGCAUCGCAAACGCUCCGGACCCCGACCGCCUAGUAGGCGGCCCCGUGUGCGGGAACGGGUUUGUGGAGCAAGGGGAACAGUGUGACUGCGGCUACCCCCAGGACUGUCGGGACCGCUGCUGCAACACCACCACCUGCCAGCUGGCCGAGGGGGCUGAGUGUGCCCAUGGUGCCUGCUGCCAUGAGUGCAGGGUGAAGCCGGCCGGCAAGCUGUGCCGCCCCGGCAAGGACGCCUGUGACCUGGAGGAGUACUGCGAUGGCCAGCGGCCCUCUUGCCCAGAGGAUACCUUCCAGGAGAACGGCACGCCGUGCCCGGGGGGCUACUGCUACAACGGGGCCUGCCCCACGCGGGCCCAGAGGUGCCAGGACUUGUGGGGGCCAGGCACACAGACUGCCCGGGAGACGUGCUACUCCUUCAAUGUCCUGCCAGGCUGCCAGAGCAAUGCCCGCCUUGGUGCCGAGAGGGCCGGGUGCGAGACCCUGUUCUGUGAAGGUGGGCAGAAGCCUCCAGAGCGGGCCUCCUGCACCAUCACCUACAGCUCAGCCAUUUGCCAGGCUCUUAACCUGGACGGUGGCUCUGGGUUUGAGCAGGUGCUCGAAGGCACCAAGUGUGGCGACGAGAGGGUGUGUUGGAAAGGACUGUGCCAGGACUUCCACGUUUACCGGUCCAGAAACUGCUCCGCCCAGUGCAAUGGCCAUGGGGUGUGCAACCACAAGGGCCAGUGUCACUGCCAACCGGGCUGGGCCCAACCCCACUGCACAGAGCUGCUGGCUGAGUUGCGCGUAGCAUCUGGGAGCCUCCUGAUGGGCGUAGUGGUGCCUGUGGUGCUCCUGGUGACCCUGGCACUCACCGUGUUGGGCGUGGUCGUCUACCGCAAGACUGGGAGCCGCAUCCGAGGGAGGAACGUGGCACCCAAGACCGCCAUGGGGCUCUCUAACCCCCUGUUCCAGAAGAGGGGCUUCGGGCCAGAGAAGGGCAUGGCUCCGGCCCCCACCACGCACUCCCCAGAGCCGGUCACUCCCAUGUAUGCCAGCCACUCCGGCCCGCUCCCCCGGCCCACAGCUUCUGCAGUGACCCCUACACGGCCACCCCCUGCUCCUCCGGCCACCAUGUCCAGCCCACCCUUCCCAGUUCCCAUGUACACCCAGCAGUCUCCAGCCCAGCUCAGACCUGCUCCUCCCACCAAGCCCCUCCCGGGGCAGAAGCCCAGACAGGUGAUCAAGCCAACCUCCGUGCCUCCAAUGCCACCAGUCAAGCCCAAGGCUGGAGGGGCCAACCCUGGAACCACUGAGGGAGUUGGCCCAAAGGUUGCUCUGAAGCCCCCUGUCCUAAGGAGAUGAUGCCCCUUGGGGCACCCGCGCACCUGUCUGCAAGCUGUUCAUGUUGAAAGAACCCGGUGCCAGCCCCUGCAGUGCCCCCAUAGUGGGCUGGGCCCACUCUGCAAAGUCCCAGCAGAAGAGCUACCUACCUCCUUGUGGCCAAGGUCUUGCUUCCGCAUCCCAGGGUCACAGCCGAGGGCCGCCCGGUCAGGUCUCUGCUGGGGUUCCUGACUCUCACCCACGUUGGCCACACUCAGCUCCGCCAGGCUGGGGCCGGCUGCUGCGUGGCCUGCCUAUGGGUGUGUCCGGACCGCACUGCUGUGCCCUCCAGGCCCCCCAGGUGGAAGGCCCGUGUGCUGUGCUUCCCAGUCCUGCUGGUGUGCUCCGGCACCCCCGGACUGCAAGCCCCUCAAUUUUCAGAGCCUGUUUCCCUGCUAUUUAAAAAAAAGUAUGGUUUUACGAUUAAAUUAUUGAUCAACUUUUAAAUGACUGGAGAUUUUUAUUGGGUGGAAUUCAAUUUGUAAUAGUUAAGGUUCCAACGCGUGUUAAAAUAAAAUGUGCACUGUUCAAGGACGGCGACUUUUCACCUUCUUUGCUCUCGGACGUGAUCAUAAGACACCCCCGCCCCCUCAAACUGAGCGGUCCGGGCGCACUGACCCUUGGCCCCAGCCCAACCACUGACCUCCACCCUCACCUACAAAACUCCCGCCCUUCCGGCCCCGCCCCCUGUCUCCCCGCAACGGCCCAACGACCCGCCCCUUCCGGCGCCGUCUCCUAGCAACGGCCAACAAUCAGUCCCGCAGCCAUGCUGGGCGCCGCCAGACCGGGCUCCCCGGCCCCGCCGCCGCCGUCUCCCCUCGCGCUCCGCGGCCUGUACGCCUGGCUGGACCGACUGCCGCUCAGCCGGCCCAAGCGCCACCUGGCCCGGGACUUCAGCGACGGCGUGAUGCUGGCGGAGAUUGUGAAGCAUUACCACCCCAGGCUCGUGGACCUGCACAACUACGUGCCCACCUGCAACACGGACCAGAAGCUCAGCAACUGGAGCACUCUCAACAGGCAGGCUCUCCGCCCCGCCCCCCCCCCCCCCCCCCGCCUGUUCUUGUUGGAGCCCCCAGUCCGCGCUGGGAGUCGGGGGACUCCUUCUCCCCCACCCUUCCUGGUCUCCAGGACAGGUUCUCAGGCUGUUUCCUUGCUAUGGGUUUCCCUGACACCAUGCUAGUAUCCGUGUUCCUAUCAGAAUUUCACCAUCAACCUGGGGCUCCUGGGGGUUCCCCACCAAGAGGACAGCACUGGUCAGCUUGAGACUCACUCAUUAGGGUAUUGGUCCUGCCCUCGGACCGUGUGUCCCACCGAUGCCGACCACACCUCUCACUCAACAAUAAUUCAGGGUGCAGGGCUUUGCUUCAGGCACAGCAGACAUGACCUCUGCCUUCAUGGGGCUGAGUCAAGAGCAGUGAUGGCGAACCUAUGACACGCGUGUCAACCAACUCAUUUUUUUGGUUGAUUUUUCUUUGUUAAAUGGCAUUUAAAUAGAUAAAAUAAAUAUCAAAAAUAUAAGUCUUUGUGUUACUAUGGUUGCAAAGAUAAAAAAAUGUCUAUAUGUGACACGGCACCAGAGUUAAGUUAGGGUUUUUCAAAAUGCUGACACGCCGAGCUCAAAAGGUUCGCCGUCACUGGUCUAGAGGGAAGACACAUAAAGGAGAUGUGUCAGGUGUGAUAAGUGCAAUGGAGGAUGAGGCAGGGCCGCUGAGCAAGUGACAGACAGUGAUGGGAGGCGACCUGUGGGUGCGGAGGGGGUCGCCGUGGGGGCAGGGGGCAGAGUCCUGUGGUGACCCGAGGGGUUGGAGCUGGAUGGGGAGGGUACUCAUAUUCGGAACCUCCAAGGGUCCCUGGAGACUGUGCCGAGGGCCCUGCGCCCAGCCUGGGGCUGAGAGGCACUGCAGGGUCGAGGCCUGUUUCGGAGGCUGGGAGGGGAGGUGGCAGCUGCAGGCAGGUGUGUGCGGCAGUGGUGGUGAGAAGCCAGGUCCUGGGCAUUGGAGGUGAACCUCGGACUUCCUCAGAGCAGAGGGUGACUCAAGCAGGAAGGUGACUUCUACCGUGCAGUGUCCCGGAGAUGCCCAUCAGGGAGCUGGGGGCCCAGGCCUGAGCGCACAGGGCACCCAGUAUUCGUGGGGCGGCUGGGAACGAGAUGGCUACAGGCCUCUGCAGGUGCAGGGCCAGGAGGAGCCCUAGCCCCAGCAUCCCCUCCUCGGAGAGCCGGAGCGCACUGCUCUGAGGGCCACACCCCCUUCCUUCACAGGAAAGUCUUUCACAAGCUGCGUUUCUGUGUCUCAGAGGGGGAUAUCCGAAAGGUGGUGGCCAACACGCCCGGGGCCAUCGAGCCCAUCUUGUGCGCGCUGAAGGAAAAGGUGGUGGACGGCGCUGUCCGCGCGGACCCACCUGGCGCAGGCGUGCUCGUCGGUGCAUUUGACCCAGGAGUCUCCAGUGCAGAUGCUGAUGGACUGUGGCUGGGGCUCUCGACCACCCCCCACGCCGGUAGUACCCAGACCCCUGAUGUGUGUGGGAAGCGGGCAGCACCAUCGAGACAGGCGUGUGGCGCCCUCGAGUUCACACACCUGCAAGGGAGGGCAGGUGUCCUCAGGUGACACAGGGCCCAGUGGGGCUGGUGGCCUCCAGGAGGGCAGCUGCUCGCCCUGAGGGGCCUGAGAGGGGCCCUGACGCCAUCCUGAGUGGGGGCCCACGGCUUCUGUCCAGGGGCCACGCAGGGCGGCUGUUGUUCAAUGGGCACUUCUCCAAAUGGAGGCAUCCAGGCUGCACCUCGGGACGGCCUAGGCCGGGCCGGGCCCACAUGGCGCACUCUGUGUGGGCUCGCCCUCACCCCGUGUGCUGCUGCUGGCGAGGCGCCUCUCUGAUCUGGGGACCUGAGUCAUGUCUACUUGUCUCGAAGGCCUGCCGAGCUCCACAGUGCCUUCCGGCGUAAAGACCCUUCAGAGUCAGAGGGCAGAGAAGACGGGACACUCUGCGUGCAGAGGGUGGGCUCCAUCUCUUGAACCCUCUGCCAUUGCACCCCCGCCACCCUUUCCUGCCAGCUGCCGGGUUAAAGGCCGGGUGUUUGCCUUUCAGUCGGGACCCCACCGGUGGGCCCCGGGAGCACCUGAACACUGGGGUGCAGCAGCUGCUGGAGGAAAAGGAGCAGGCGCUGGCCAUUCUGCAGGAGACCGUCCAGGUUUUGCAGAUGAAGGUCAUCAGGCUGGAGCACCUGGUGAAGCUGAAGGACCAGCGGAUCAGUGAGCUGACCAGACGUGGGACUGAGCCCCAGUGAGCCAGAGGCCUCAGGGAGAGGCUCCCAAGUCAACUAGACCCGGAACUUGAACCCGCACGGACCUCCCCCGACCAGAUGUGGCCGCACACUGUCCAGCAGGCUGAGGGACAUCUUGUACAAAGAGCGGGGGGUGGGCAGCAGUGUGCGGAACUCACGAGCCUGGAGGCCAGGGAGGCCAGGGACUCGGGGCUGCACAUUGGCUCCUGGCUGUGCCACCAGCUUAGUUUGGAAGUGAAGACUUAGACCUGGUUGCCUUGA